AUGGAUCGUCAACAUAGGACAGAACAGCUCACACAAGGAAACAUUCAAAAACUAGUAGACAAGCUAGCUAGGGCAAAGACAAGGAGAAUAUUUUUACUUAAGUGCAAGCAACAAAAUCUAUGCCCAAAUUUCUUAAAACUCAAAACAGAUCACAUCACAUAUAAUUGUAAAUAUCUCGCUGAUAAAUAUGACAAACUACAGAAAAAAUUCAUAUUUCGUACCAUCAAUUUGCUGAUCACUGAUACUACCAAGAACAUAAAUACACUGGAAGGUAGCAUUCGAACGAUUCUGGACAAUAAAGAAAAGGACGAAGGGGAACAUUCAAGGCAAAAUUUGGAGUGCUAUAUAAAUGAAAGAUUAAACCUCAUCACAACCAGAAGUGUAUCCAUUCACAAUAAGAAAAUCCAGAAGUUGGCACAAAUUCAGGGAAAAAGUGAAAACGUAAACAACAAUCAAACAAGAGUAGAAAAUUUGUCAACAACAGUACUACCUGACUUCGUGGUGAAAACACUAAACUUGGGCCCCAAAUAUUCCAUUGAGAUAGAAAGAGAAAAUGAAAUCCCAACAUUUAACAUUAUUACACAAAUUGAAAAUACCAUUGAAGAAUUAUCAAAAGAAGACCAGGACAACAUUCGAGCUAAUGUCACACAAGCUCUAAAUACCCAUCAGAGACAACUAAGGGGCAAGAAACAGAGACAAAACAUGAUGAAAUCCAACUUCGAAAAAACUAAAACAUUUUUGAAAGCACACAAUGAUUUGCAAGUCAUAAGAGCUGACAAGGGAAAUAAAAUAGUGGUAAUAACAAAAACCGAAUACAACGAAAAAAUGCACGAAAUUUUAGACGAUAAUACAACCUAUAAACAAAUUAAACGAGACAUGACAAUCACAUUGGAGAAAGAAAACAAUAGAAUUAUCAAAGAAUGGGAACAAAAGAAAUAUAUAACUAAACAAGAUGAGAAAACAUUAUUGACCCAUAACAGUAAAAUACCAAAAAUAUAUGGAUUACCAAAAGUCCACAAACAAAAUAUACCACUAAGACCGAUAGUUUCUUGCAUUCAAUCUCCUUUGUAUAAAUUAUCGAAAUAUAUGGCGAAUAUUCUAUCCAACGCAAUAAAUAAUAAUGAAUAUUAUAUAAAAAACUCAUUCGAUUUGAAAGAAUCAUUGAGAAAUGUUAGGAUCCAAGCAAACCAUCGAUUAUAUUCAUUAGAUGUGAAAUCUCUGUAUACCAACAUUCCCACAGAACUAACACAGAACUUCUUGGACAUGACACUAAUGAGAAGAAACGGAAAAUUAUUGACAAAAUGGCACAGAAAGGAGCAGAACACAACACAUAUAUUAGAUUAUAACUCCCAACACCACCAUUCACAUAAGAAAAGUACUGCCAUUGGAUACAUAGACAGGGCGUUAAAAUUAACAUCCCCAAUACUCCGAGAGAAAAGUUUAAAAGAGGUGAAAGAACUUUUGACGAAGAAUCACUACCCUGAAACCCUCAUCACAAAACUAACAAAACAAAGGACGCACCGACUAUACAACACACAACAGACGAAAACACCAACAGAUACCACAAGACGAAUACAAUUACCAUACAUACAAGGGCUGUCACAGAAAAUAAGUAAUAUAUUGAAACCUUACAACCGAGAAGUAGUACAUAGACCAUACAAUCAAGUGGGAAACAUCUUUAGAAUAGAACCCCAACAACGACGAAGGGAAAUAUUGGAAAUGAUUCACAUACAAGUAAACAAUGAAAAUGUAGUGAACGACAAACAAGACACGAAAAAUCUCAGUCAAAUAUACAUGCCAAUACUGAGAAGACCACCGAUAGAAAGAAGAAGACAAGACAACCAACAUUCCAUUGACCCCUGA